UACCUCAUAAAUUACAAAAAAAAAAAGAAGAGAAAAGUUCAGCAAUCAAAAACCUACUAAAAAGAAAAAAAAAAAGAUAUAUUCUUGAAGCUUUGCAUCAAUGGAGGAACAAAAAGCGCCUCACGUUGCGAUCAUUCCAAGUCCGGGAAUGGGUCACCUCAUCCCACUCGUCCAGUUCGCUAAACGACUCGUCCACCGCCACGGCUUCACCGUAACAUUUCUCGUCGUCGGCGAAGGUCCACCGUCAAAAGCUCAAAGAACUGUCCUCGAAUCUCUCCCUUCUUCAAUCUCCUCCGUCUUUCUCCCUCCCGCCGAUCUCACCGAUCUCCCUCAAACGACUCGCAUCGAAACUCGGAUUUCGCUCACCGUGAGUCGUUCGAACCCGGAGCUCCGACGAGUCUUCGACUCGUUCGCGGCGGAAGGUCGUUUGCCGACGGCCCUCUUCGUUGAUCUAUUCGGUACGGACGCUUUCGACGUCGCCGUCGAGUUCCACGUGUCGCCGUAUAUUUUCUACCCAUCAACGGCCAACGUCUUGUCGUUUUUUCUCCACUUGCCUAAACUUGACGAAACGGUGUCGUGUGAGUUCACGGAAUUAACCGAACCGGUUAUGAUCCCUGGAUGUGUACCCGUUUCCGGGAAAGAUUUGCUUGACCCGGCCCAAGACCGGAAAAACGACGCAUACAAAUGGCUUCUUCACAACACCAAGAGGUACAAAGAAGCAGAAGGGAUUCUUGUGAAUAGCUUCCUCGAGCUAGAGCCAAAUGCUUUAAAGGCCUUGCAAGAACCGGGUCUUGAUAAACCACCUGUUUAUCCGGUUGGACCGUUGGUGAACAUUGGCAAGCAAGAGAGUAACGGGGUGGAAGAGUCCGAAUGUUUAAAAUGGUUGGAUAACCAACCGAUCGGUUCGGUUUUGUAUGUGUCAUUCGGUAGUGGCGGUACACUCACAUGUGAGCAGUUCAAUGAGCUUGCUCUUGGUCUUGCGGACAGCGAGCAACGGUUUCUUUGGGUCAUACGAACUCCAAGUGGGAUCGCUAAUGCUUCGUAUUUCGAUUCGCAUAGCCAAAACGAUCCAUUAACCUUUCUACCACCCGGGUUCUUAGAGCAUACCAAAGGUAGAGGUUUUGUGAUCCCUUCAUGGGCUCCACAAGCUCAAAUCCUAGCACAUCCAUCCACUGGAGGGUUCUUGACUCAUUGUGGAUGGAAUUCCACUCUAGAAAGUAUCGUAAGUGGUGUUCCACUCAUAGCAUGGCCAUUGUACGCUGAGCAGAAGAUGAAUGCGGUUUUGUUGACUGAAGAUAUCCAUGUGGCGCUUAAGGUUCGUGCAAGGGAAGAUGGGAUAGUGGGAAAAGAAGAGGUUGCUAGAGUGGUGAAAGGAUUGAUGGAAGGUGAAGAAGGUAAAGGUGUGAGGAAUAAGAUGAAAGAAAUGAAGGAAGGAGCUAGUAGGGCGUUGAAGGAUGAUGGGUCUUCUACAAAAGCACUUAAUCUUGUGGUUUUGAAGUGGAAAGCCCACCAAAAAGAGUUAGAGCAAAAUGAUUCUUAGAGCUGACUGAAGGCAGAUGCUUUAUGAUCCUUUCUCAAACUCCAUAAACCAAAGUUUUAGCACCAUCCACAUGAUGGUUUAAAUUUGUGAUAUCUUUAUAUAGAUUCCAUUGCAACUCUAAAAGGUAUAUUAAAUGGUGUUUCACUCAUAUGACCAAAAUUUGUUGUGCAAGCGGUUUUGUUAGUCGAAGUUAUAUGGUUUGUGCGUAGGAUGGGAGGAGAGGAGAAGAGAAGAGAAGAGAUACUUAAAGUGGCUAAGGUACUAAUUAAUGGAAAG